UGUGCCUAGGUUUGUGAAAAUGAAGCGAAGAAGAAGUUAUUUCUUUUAAGUAAAAAAAAAACGCCGAGGUUUCCCCCCGGAGGAGGACUUUACGUCUCUAACCAUCAGCUUUACACGUGGUAAACUUAGCUCGUACUUUUGAACUUUUUUUGUGCUACCCCCCCCCGAAAUAAUGAUGAAGCUCAAGUCAAACCAAACCCGGACGUACGACGGGGAUGGCUACAAGAAGCGGGCCGCCUGUCUGUGCUUCAGGAGCGAGGCGGAGGAGGAGGUGCUGCUGGUGAGCAGCAGUAGGCAUCCUGACAAGUGGAUAGUACCUGGAGGGGGAAUGGAGCCCGAGGAAGAGCCCAAUGUUGCUGCAGCUCGAGAAGUCUGUGAAGAGGCCGGUGUGAAGGGGACUUUAGGUCGCUUAGUUGGAGUAUUUGAGAACCAAGAGAGGAAACACAGAACCUACGUCUAUGUUCUUAUUGUAACGGAGGUGCUGGAGGACUGGGAGGACUCGGUCAACAUUGGGAGAAAAAGGGAAUGGUUUAAAAUAGACGAUGCCAUACAAGUGUUGCAGUGUCACAAGCCUGUGCAGGCCACCUACUUCGAGGCUCUCCAGGAGAGUUGCCUGACCAGUAACGGAACACCUUUGGUGGCCACGAUAGGUGGGGAUCUCUCUCCUACCUACAGCAUCAAUCAGAGCUCCGUCUCGGGCAUCAGAUAACUAAAACCAUAACUCUGAGACCCCCCCUCCACCCCCGGGAGCUUUCGCCACCACUUGCGCUCUUACUUGUGUCAUUUCUCUUCUCUCUACUCUACUUCUUCUUUUUUCUUUUGUUUUUUCUUUUGUCUCAAUAACAUGGUUUGCCUUGCCAACUCCUUUGUGCCAGAACUGUGGCACAGACUUGAUGACAAGUGUUGGCUGAAUAGUCUGAAACACUUUGUAAAUGUAAAUGUAAUUUUUGACCCCUCUUUUUUUUCUUUUUACUGACAAUUGCAUGAAAUGUCCCCUCGCUCCCCUCAUUCUCUUUCCUUAGCGUGGUGUUUAUUGAAUGCAAGAACUACUUUUUACUGUUGUAAUGUAAAAGUGUAUACUUAGUGCUUAAGCUGAAGGCUUUUGGUGGUCUUUUUAACGUCUCCUCCAUUUCUCAGUUAUUUUUCUGUGAAUGAAUGUGCCCAUUAGUGUAACUCCCUCCCCUGUUAUAAGGAUAGGAACUGUUGUCUGUAUCUGAAUCAACAGAAAUUGUGGGAAGUGACUUGUCUUGCAUGAGCACUGUUAUGUUGUGUAUCACUCGCUUGGAGUGACCCGAUGCUGACUGUGCAACAGACUUGUGGUAAGGUCUUUUUGGAUUCUCUUCAUUUUGCUCCUUUAUUAUCGUGGUUCUUGGUGUCUCUUUAAAAUCAGAAGGAUACGGCCCCUCGGUAGUUUUUCAAUUUCAAGUGUCAAGUGUGUUUUUCUCUCAUUUGGGAAGCUAGCCAAGCACUACAAUUUCACUCUUGAACAGAGCGUAUUCACUGUAUAUGAAGAGUGAAAGAAUGUCAACAUGCAUACAAUGUAAAAUGAACCACCUUUCUCCUCAGUGUCUUUACCUCCUUUUAAUCCCUUUUUUGUUUUGUUUUGUUUUUUUCUUUUCUUUUUUUAAUGCUUUUCUUGUGACUGACUAAAAAGUCUUCCUCCACAUACUGAGAGGGUAGAAGUAGUAAAUUAAAAAAUCAUGAACUUGUAAUUUCAAAAUGCAGCACAUAUCACUUAAGUUAUUAAAACCCUUUUUUCCAUAUUUUACUCCUCACAUUCAGUUUGGUUAAAAAGCAAUUGUUUACAUUGUGUUUGUAACAUAGCACAGGUGACUUUAGUGGGCACUUUUCAUUAUGGUCAUGAUUUUUUUUUUUUUUAACCCUUCCUUCUUUAGUAUUUAAUCUGCAUCCCCAAAAACACUCAAAACACCUGCUUGACAUUGAAAGUAAUGGAAUCUAUAAUGCUGUCUUUGGCAAGAUGCAGAACAAACAAGCCUUGUACAGUUUGAGACCUCGUUUUUAACAUGUAAAAUGCUUUUGAAUACUAGUUUUUUUUGUUUUUGUUUGUUUUGUUUUUCUCUCUAACGUCUGGCAAAAGUCUCUUUAGCCGAGCUGCGUCACUUUGCCUCUCGAUGUUGGCGUGAGGCAGCUGGCUCAAUACUGUGAAACUGGAGGCGCUGUAGAUAGCAUGUAAGAGGUUUUUAUUGUAAAUUGUUUAUUUCUGUAUAGAUCAAAGGUGAGAGUACAAAUGACAAAAACCCUUCUUACACAUCUGUGAGUGCUACAUGUAUUUUCAACUGAGGCUGGAAGAACUGAUUGAACUUGUGGCAUUGGCUUUGGAGCUGUUGGGGAAUUUCUCUCUCGGUGUAGCGUACAGUACAUCUGAGGCUAAAGAACUGGAUAUGUGGAUGUUGUUUUGUUGGUGAGAGAGAAGAGCCUGUUUUAUAUUACAAUAUUCUCAUUUGUCGUUUUUUUUUUUGACCAAAACAAAGUUAUAACAGUAAGGGAUUACUGUUUUUUUUCUCCUCUUUGGCCAACCUAUACAAAUGAAGAACUGCAGUGUCCAAACCACUACUUUGGUUUAGAAAUAAGUGGGUCUGAAGUCCUUUUCAAGCGAUUCGCUGUUCUGCUAGUUAGUCACUAGUUAAUUACUCCUUUCUCAAAAGUUCAAACAUAAUACUGUGGUUUUUUGUCCAUAUUUAAAGCUCCAGUAAGUGCUUUUUUGUUUUGUUUUUUGGCCCCUUUUAAAGGCAUCAGAAAUGGCUAAGUUGUUGGCAAACUACUCAAAUCUUGCAGAUGGGGAGCAACAUUAGCACCAAUAUGGAGUCGAGUUUCUGUCCACAUGUUCAAUUUAAGUCAGUUAUUUUCUCUGUUUUGCUCUUCACAAACUCCUGAGGGAAACAUCCGGCUCUACUGUGCUCACCAGCUAGUUCCCAACUCUGUGUGUCUGUCGUUUGUUGCUGGAGAGGUAGCGUACGGUCGGUUUAUCUGAGACUUUACUCUUAAAAACAUCUGCCUGCUUCGAAGACCGAACCAAAACUGUAAAAUCGAGGGUCAGAAAAUCAAAAAAAAAAGAGCUGAACGAUGUUGAAUAUCUCUGUGGAGCUGUGGGGAACUGCAGAUGAUGGUGAAAACUCUUCUUUCAUAUAUAAAUAGUCAUGUGAUCCAUUGUUAAUAUAAAAAUAUUGAAAGUUCAAAUAUGUACAACAUUGAUAUUAAACGUUAAGCAUCUUGUCACUGUAUAGAAAUCAAUUAUAACCUUGUCAGCUUCUAUGGUUAAGACUUAUGGGAGCUGUAGUUGUUAACUAAUGGUUUAAUCUUGGUUAAGAUGAAGAAGUGCAGUCCAGCACAGCAGUAGAUGUGAUUUUAACUUUGAAUAUGGACAGAAAACUUCAGUAACUUGAUGCAGCUGUCCAGAAACUGAUGAAAUCUUCACAUGAAGAUAUAUUGAGAGCUAAAAGCUAGCAUAGAAGAGAGGCUGGAAGGAUCUGUGCAGUAGUGGUGACUGUUUUUCUUAAUGAUUUUCUCUCUUGCUUGUCUAUGAAGGAGGUGACUUCUGUCUGAGCAAAUCAAGCUAAUAAUGACUGAAUUUGACAGAUUUUUCUUUUUUGAAUGACGGUUAAGGAGAAAGGAGUCUUAAAAAAAAAAAAAGCCUCCUUCAUAACAGUUUGAGACUUUGAACUGAUUUUAUUACUGUAUACCAGAAAGGUGUGGUGGCCAAAGUCUUAGUUUAUGAUGCCCUACCUGGCACUUCCUAUGAGAUACUGAUUACACCUUUCAGUCUUCAUCGAAAUUGCAAUUAGAUGUGAAGGGGAUGAACCCGUUUUAUGGCAAAAAAUGAAACGAAACCCAACCCUGAGUAAUUGGCAAUGAUUCAUUUAAGCUCUUAUCGGUUUGAUGUGGUGGACAGGUACUGUCAAAGUGAAUGUGAGGAGGAUUUCCACAAGUAUCAGCCAGUGACGUAAUUGUUAAUAACCACUCGUUCUUUAUCCAUAUUUUCUGUUUGUUCUUUAAUAUGUUGUGUUAUUGACAAGCUAAUGUCUUGUAUAUAGCUAACACAGCACCCUUACAGCCAGAGGAUGCACUUUGGCUUUGGUCAAUAAGGAUUUGUGUCAAUUAUUUUCAAUUUAAUGCUCCCUUUUGAAGGCAAAUUUCAGGUCGUUCCUGUCAUAAGUCAAAUUAAGCUAGGAGUUCAGGAGGGAAUUUAUGAAGUAAAAUGUGGAGUUAAAAUUUAGCGUCCACCUUUUGUUCCUGGAGAUUUCUGCUAUCAGAUUUGGCUCUUUUUGUGUGACAUUAUUAAUUAUUAAGAGGACAAUUGGGGGCUUCAGAUAAAGUCACUUCCUUAUUUUACCAAAGGUGAUGGUGUAAAUAUGUGUUGCCAUGUUGAUUAACUGGCCCCAUCUUGUGGCCAAAGCAAAAAACUAUUAAAUGCACACUGCUCAGCAGCUGAGGAUUGUAACAUUAAGGAUUAUACAGUCAGACCAGUUUCUCAACUGAAUGACCUAAAUAUUUAAAAUUGAAAUUAAGUACAGUCUAAAAAAUAUCCCCCAAAAACUUGCAAUUGAAAAACAAAAUAAACACAUGUGCACUUGCUGUUGACCUCAGCCUUGAAGUUACAUACAUGUAAUUGUUGUUCUCCAAGGUAAAUGUGUCACUGGAACUUUCUUUUCCUCUUUUGUCAUUUGGGACUGUGGAAUAAAACCAGUGUGAGAAGACUGAAGAUUGUAAUAUAAAUGUGCCAACAAAUAAACACCAGUAUUUCACAUUCA